CGCCGCCGCGCUCCGAGCCCCGCGCCCCGCCGCCGCCGCCGGCUCCGCGCCCCAGGUGAUGGUGUAGCAGCCGCUGCUCCCGGCAGAGCAGCCCGAGCGCGCAAAGCUGGCUCCCUGCGCCAUGGUCACCCACAGCAAGUUCCCCGCCGCCGGGAUGAGCCGCCCCCUGGACACCAGCCUGCGCCUCAAGACGUUCAGCUCCAAGAGCGAGUACCAGCUGGUGGUGAACACCGUGCGCAAGCUGCAGGAGAGCGGCUUCUACUGGAGCACGGUGACGGGCGGCGAGGCCAACCUGCUGCUGAGCGCCGAGCCGGCCGGCACCUUCCUCAUCAGGGACAGCUCGGACCAGCGGCACUUCUUCACCCUCAGCGUCAAGACGGAGUCGGGCACCAAGAACCUGCGCAUCCAGUGCGAGGGCGGCAGCUUCUCGCUGCAGAGCGACCCGCGCAGCAGCCAGCCCGUGCCCCGCUUCGACUGCGUGCUCAAGCUGGUGCAUCACUACAUGCCCCCCGCGCCCUGCGCCGUGCCCGAGCCGCCGGGGGCGGCCCUGCACCCCAAGCGCACCUACUACAUCUACUCGGGCGGCGAGAAGAUCCCGCUGGUGCUCAGCCGCCCGCUCUCCUCCAGCGUGUCCACCCUGCAGCACCUCUGCCGCAAGACCGUCAACGGGCACCUGGACUCCUACGAGAAGAUGACCCAGCUGCCGGGGCCCAUCAAGGAGUUCCUGGACCAGUACGACGCGCCCCUCUAAGGGGCCGCGGAGGGCGGUUCCGGGCGACAAGCACAAGAGCAGGGGCAGGCACAGCGGGGCGCUCCGGCGAUAGCCCUCUUCUGCCGAUGAGAGAAUAAAAAGCACUGGAAUCCAGCUAGUGCCUGACGGCUUUUCCUCCGUUUUAAGGGGAAAGCGUUUUUUGCCUGUACUGUAAUUUACCUCUUGCUGCCUCCUUGUGGGUGGAAGCUCCUUUCACACCAGGCCCCAGACUCGGAGGUCGCUGCCUUUUCCCCCCUCGUUGCCGUUUUCUGGGGGAGUAAGCCUUAAAGUUCUUCCUGGCCCGCGGUCUGGGUCGCUGCACGUGCCUGAUGACGCCGAGCGGUGAUGGUCCUGGCGAGGAGUCGCGAAUCCGGAGGCGAAGCAGCGCGUCCCGACGCCGUCGACAGCAAGUCCCGCGCCGGGCGCCCGGGGUGCGUCGCGGCCGCACCGCUGUUCCCCAGCGUUGCCCCCCGCCAGCCUCUCCAGCGGACUCCAGCCCGCCGCCGCCGGGACCCGGGCGCCUCGGGCAGAGGCUGGCCACCCGCCGCGGCGGCACCGACGCCGCCGGGAGCGGAGCGACGGAGCAUCCCCGGGGACGCACCGUCUCCGAGCGCUCACCUGCGUCCGCCUGCAGAAGCAGUUGGGUUCUUCUGGUCUUGUCUUUUUUCUUUUUUUUUUUUCAAAUCAAAAGGGAUGUUUACAGGCCUACAUGAAUCACUGUCUUUUAUAAAGAUUCCAUCUUCACCUCCAGCCUCGAGGGCUGAGCAAAACCAUGCUUGAAAAAAUUCAACCAAAACAAAACUCAGACGAAACUUUGCACAUAUUUAUAUUUAUAUUCAGAAAGGAGAUGUUUCCAUAAUUUAUAAUAAAGAGCACUAUUUUUUAUUGAAA